CCACCACAAUCCACGUACUUAUAAUUCAACACAGCACAGAGAACUCCUCAGCCAACGAGAAAGAGUCACAACUACAUUAUGGCUUAUGUGGGGAUUUUGAUGGUGGCUUUCACAUUUCUUCUUCUUCUUCUCCCAAAGAUUUGGCAAGUGGUGAAGAUUUGCUUGUGGAGACCUUAUGCUUUGUCUAGAAGCUUUGGAAAACAAGGAGUUAAGGGCCCUUCUUACUCUUUCUUCUCGGGAUCUCUAAAUGAAAUGAAAAGGCUCAAGAUGGAUGCUGCUCAAAUUGUUUUGGAUACAACCUCAAACGACAUCACUCCCAGAGUUCUGCCUCAGUACCACAAAUGGUGCCCACGAUAUGGAGAAACAAUUCUUUAUUGGUUUGGGACGAGGCCAGUGGUUUGCAUAACGGACCCUGAUCUGGCCAAGCAAAUACUAUCCAACAAGUUUGGUUUCUAUGUGAAGCCCAAGUGUAGUCCUGCAAUACAGGCACUGACAGGGAAUGGAGUAGCUCUAGUCAAUGGACUGGAAUGGGUUAGGCGCAGAAGGAUUGUCAAUCCUGCUUUCUCCGUGGACAAGCUCAAGGUCAUGGUCAAGAGAAUGGCAACAUGCUCUAUAUCCAUGCUUGAAGAAUGGAAAAAUGAGGCCAAUGCAGCUGUGGGGCAAUGUAGGAAGAUUGAAAUAAAUGGAGAAUUUCGAAAGCUUACUGCUGCUAUAAUAGCCCACACUGCCUUUGGCAGUAGCUAUUCUCAAGGGGAAGAAGCUUUUGAAGCACAAAAUGAGCUUCAACAUUAUUGUGCAGCUUCAUUUCUUGAUGUCUUUAUCCCUGGCAGCCACUAUCUUCCAACUCCAUCAAAGGUUCAAUUAUGGAAGCUAGACAGAAGAGUAAAGAAUUCUCUAAGGGACAUCAUAAAGAGCAGACUGAAUUCUUGCAAUCCGGAUUGCAAUUAUGGGGAUGAUCUACUUGGUUUGAUAAUUGCAGCAUCAGAAAAUUCUGAUAGCAAAGAAGGCCCCAAAUUAAGCAUGGAUGAAAUCGUGGAAGAGUGCAAAACAUUCUUUUUUGCAGGGCAUGAAACAUCCUCUAAUUUGCUAACUUGGACAGUCUUCUUGUUGAGCAUACAUCAAGACUGGCAAACGAGGCUCAGAGAAGAGGUGCUGAAAGAAUGCGGAAUGGGAGUUCCUGAUUCAGACAUGUUGGCCAGGUUAAGAUUGGCAACCAUGGUUCUGCUCGAGGCAUUGAGGUUGUACUGUCCGGUAGUAGAAAUGUUCAGGGAAGCAUCAAAAGACAUGAAAUUGGGGAAUUUGACGAUUCCAAAGGAUGCAUUGGUAUCAAUUCCUCUCGCAAAGAUUCACAGGAGCAAAGAAUACUGGGGAGAGGAUGCAAACGAGUUCAAUCCAAUUAGGUUUAAGAAUGGGAUUUCCAAGGCUGCAAAACACCCUAAUGCUUUUCUUGCCUUUGGAAUAGGUCCAAGAACUUGUGUGGGGCAAAAUUUUGCCAUGCUGGAAGCAAAAGCAGUUCUUGCAAUGGUGCUUCAGAGGUUUACCCUCUCCCUCUCCUCUGAGUAUAAACAUGCGCCAGUAGACAACCUUGCUCUGCAGCCACAAUAUGGCCUCCCCAUUGUCGUCAAGCCAUUGUCCACGCAGGCGCAGAACAUAUAGCACCAUAUCAGGCCUAAAUGCGAGAGACGGUGUCAGUAUUGGCCUAUCAAUGCCUAUCUUAAUAAAGUGUUUUUUUUUUUUUUUUUAAUUUCAAACCAGA